AUGUCUCGAAAGAAGGUGAAGCUUGCCUACAUCCAAAACCACCCGACUCGAAACCUAACAUUCAAAAAAAGAAAGAAGGGUUUCAUGAAAAAGAUGAGUGAAAUCACUACCCUUUGUGAUGUUGAGGCCUGUGCUGUCGUUUACGGACAGAACGAUACUCAGCCUGAGGUUUGGCCAUCUCCUUCGGGAGUACAAAGCACAUACGCCAAGUUCAGGACAAUGCCGUCAAUGGAGCAGACCAAAAAGCAGCUGAACAUGGAGGCUUUUCUGAGGCAGCAGAUCGAGAAGGCAAAGGACCAGCUGAGGAAACAGAAGAAGGAGAAUCGGGAGAAAGAAAUGUCAAUCCUGAUGAGUCAGUGUCUAACUGGGAGGUCCCUGCAAGAUCUGAAUAUGGGGGAUCUGAAUGACCUAGGGUGGGUGGUUGACCACAAAGUGGAGGAGAUAAACAGAAAAGUGCAGAAAGUGCAGGAAGAGCUGGCUCAAAACGAGAACAAUCAUGUCCAAGUAGUACCAACACCACCACCACCACCACCAGCGACUAGUGGCAGAAUAAUGCACAUGCAACAAGCUCAGUCGGCUGCACCGAUGGGGGUAAUGACUCCACAAGACCAGCAGCCGCAAGAGCAGAUGGCGGGGCUUGGAGCAAACACUGGGGACGAAUUUCUGCAGUUUGGGAGUUAGAACCACCAUGCUAUGUGGUCUAAUCCAUUUCACCCUUGAACGUCGGCGUACUGUUCAGUUUUCUUGUGAUAUGAACUACACAGGGAGUUAAUUUUGUAGUUUUUUUUUUAAUAAUUAUGUCAUUUCUUUUACGCAGGUUUCUUUUGAGAUCAACCACAGGGAGACUUUUUUGUUUUUUUUUUUUGUUUUUUUUUUUUAAGUAUGUAGACUAGAAGGAUGUUGUUUUUUUAUUUAAUUUCAGUAAUUUUUACGUCAUGGAUCCAAUUUCUUCGCUACUAAUAAAAUAAGCAGUUCAUCCCUUGGAUUUUUUUUUUCUUUUUUCAAUUGGUAAUGCUAGAAACCAACUUUUUAAAAUAAUUUUGUAAUCAUAUGAUGUGAUUGUUGAUGAUCGUAUUAUUAUUUUGGUGUUGACUAACAAGAUUUAUUUUCUAUUGGUGACACAUCAUAUAUUUUGCAAAUUUAUCUUGGGUUAACAUUUUAAAAACUCAACAAAUGCUCUUAAUUAAGAAGAUGACAAGAGACUAGAAAUUUA